AGCUGCUUGUGGCGUGAAGGUGCAGAAAAGCUCCUUCCAAACUAUCGCUUAUUCUGCAGAAUCAGGCGUUAAAUUGUCUGACUUGUGUGCCAACUUGUUGCUUUUCACCUGCAGCCACCUUCAACCAAAGCCUCGCUGUCUUUCACGAAAAAAAAAAUAGACGUUUUUAUGAACAGCAUGCCAAUUUUCCUCGCUGAGUAAUGCAACUCUCCACGUGGACUAUUGGAGAAGAAAUCUUUUGGCUGCAUGUGCUUUACCUUUGAUGACCCCCUCGAUAAAAAUGAUUUUUAAUAGCUGGGAGAUAUCAAUCAUAAAUAAGCCUAAAUGUUUUUCUAAGUGUUAUUAAUUGAGUGUGGGUCACCUCUGUAUUGGUUCCACAUGGGUUUUGGAGGCAUGUGGCAAGGACUGCGAUAAUGGAGGAGGGCUGAAAUCUGCAGCUUGUGCUUUUCAUAAAAUAAGGGAGUGAAGGGCUGAUUUGAAGAGUGAGAAAAAAAAAAACGGAGGGAGUGCAUGACAUUCUUAGUGCAUCUGGGCAAAAUAAGCAGUCAGCGAGCGAGCAUGUAGGACAGAAAGAGGAAGGAGAUCAUUGAAAGAGCACGGGAUUUAUUAUUGGAAUAAAAGCGGGAAGGAAAGAAGAGGAGGAAAAUGAAGAAGAGAGCGCAUCCAACUAGGAACGUAGUAGUGUUGGCUUGCUGUGAAGUGUCAGGAAGGAUGAAAGGAGGAAUGAAAGGAAAGUGGAUGAGAUUAAACAGCGGAGAACCAGAAAGCGAGCCCUAACGGCAGGAGUGACGAGCGACAGUGGAAAAGAGCAGACCAAAUUAGAAAGACAGAUCAUCUCCCGGACCUGUAGACUUGAGAAGCGCCUGCUGUCGUACCCGCAGAAGCGUGAGUGUGGGAGAAUCAGGCGGUGUGGUGGGACAGCCAGAAUCCCUUCAGGAUGAGUGACACUCGCACAGACACCCUCCCAUACACAAACACACGCUCCCUCAACGAGGAUCCAAUGCAGCUGCCUGAUCCCGAGGAAAUGAAGAUGGAUCCUGUUCAGAAGGCAGUGAUCAACCACACCUUUGGAGUCCCAUUGGUGAAGACCAAACGGCCAAUCAUUUCCUGCAAUGUCUGCCAGAUCCGCUUCAACUCUGAGAGUCAGGCAGAAGCUCAUUACAAGGGGAAUCGUCAUGCUAGAAGAGUCAAGGGCAUUGAGACCUCUAAGAGCCGCCCGCAAGAGAAUGACAAAACUCCUCCUGGUCCAGUCUCUUCCCCGUCACCUACCGGAGCCUUGCCGACCAUCCCAGACACUGACCCCAGCAAAACAGAUGAGACACGGCCAGAGCCACAGUUAAAUGGACCCGCGGUGGCCCUGGGGCCCAUGACAGUUUCCAAUCCACCAACCCCAGAGUCCCCUGGUCCUUCUGCCUGUCCCCUUCUGCCCACCCCUACUACACCACAACCACCUCCGGCCAGCUCUUCGUCCCCCAGCUGUGGCUCUUCAAACCCAGAACAGGCAGGCACCGGGGCCCCUGGGGCUCCAUCAGUCACUCCCAGCAACCCUGAGACUGAAGAGGACAAAGCCAAGAAGCUGCUUUACUGCUCACUGUGCAAAGUGGCCGUCAAUUCACUCUCCCAGCUGGAGGCUCACAAUAAAGGCACUAAACACAAAACCAUUCUGGAGGCCCGCAGUGGACUGGGCCCCAUUAAGGCGUACCCACGAUUAGGUCCGAAGCCCAGCAGGGAGCAGGGAGGCGGAGCCACAGACCCCAAUACUCAGGAACGCACCUUCCACUGUGAGAUCUGCAACGUGCGGGUCAACUCAGAACUGCAGCUCAAACAGCACAUAUCAAGUCGAAGGCAUCGGGACGGCGUUGCGGGAAAGCCAAACCCUCUCCUGAGCAGACACAAGAAGCACAGGGGAGCUGACCUUGCGGAUCUCACCAAAGCAUUAGGCGCCGGCCUCCUGCCAAGUCCCCUAGCUGUAGCUGCAGCAAUGGCAGCAGCCGCCUCCUCCAAUCCACUGGCUCUCAGAGCAGCAGCCCCCGCCCCCCAUCCACAUCAUCACCUCCUACAGGCUCCGCAUCUCAGCCAUGCCAUCUUAAGACCAGCUCCAGGGCCCAUUCGCACCUCACACGGGCCAAUCUUGUUCUCACCGUACUGACUCCGCCCUCACCCCCCUUAGCCAAUCACAGCCAGUCCGGAGCCUCAUCUCCUAAAGCACACUGUGAAGACGACGAAAAAAAAAAUAGUGAAACACCACAGCAAUGACAAGAAUCGGCUCAUCAACAAUAACGUCAAUCAUCAAACCAAGCAGAAGGGGGCGCAAAAUUGAGAGCAACCAAGAAGGAGGGUGUGACUGGCGUUCCAACCCUCUUUCCAUCACCCUUAACUGCCUCCUCCAUCUCUGUGCGUUCGUUUGGAUCAAGUGAUUUGUUCAUCGGUGGAUGAAUGGAUAAAUGGAAGGACUGCUGGAAUCGAGCAAUAUUGUAUGCUGACGUCCUAGUUCCUUCCCACUAUUUAUACUCAUACUGUGAGGUAGCAGCAGUCCUGUCGUAGCCAGACAUGCUGGAUUGAGUUAGGAAACUUUCUAGAGACCCCAAAAAACACACGGUUAAAUGUUUCUGUACCUGUUGUUCUAAAUCAAUGCACCCUCGACCCUAUGCACCUUGAGAAACCGUGUUACAUCAGUAAGCUUCUCGUAGUAUUUGCUGUAUUCAACGUGUCCUGACUGGCUUUGACAUCUCUGCAAGAAGAAAUGGCCACAAUCUCCAUUGCAGUUCCACCGUGUCAAGACUUAGAGCAGGGGAUUUUGGGAAAGAUGCUUUCCGAAUGCUGGCUCGCAUUGAGUAUGAGAAGCUCAGAUGGUGUUGUUGUUAAGCUGACUUCACACAGUAGCAUCUCUCAGGAGAAAUGGAAAGAUACAGAAGAGAUACUCGAGAUCGCAUUUCAAUCUGUUAACACAAAGAGCGGCUGUCUGAAAACCCCCAGACCCCUGUCUUAGAUCUUAGAAAAAUCAGUAGACGUCUAUUUAUUCUAUUGUGUAGCGUAGUUUAGUCCAGUACAUCCAAGCUGGUUGACUUCUGAAAAUGUUCAGAAGUGAAAUAUGUACGUAGAGGAUGAUGUAACUGCUGGUAGAUGCUGAAAUAAGACGGACGGGUACUUUGAUUCUCAGAGAAAGGCAGCAAACCUAAGCACACACUAGGACUUACAGUAUAUACAGGCUCCUCUGUUCAUUCUAUCUCUGUAUGUUCGGUGGACAUUAUGCAACCCCAAGCAAUACGCCUCCUCCCCCUUCUGUCCAACUUCUGCGUUCAGUCUCACAAGACGCCUGCAUCCUAACAAAUACUGACACCGCAGGUCAGCUACUCCAGCAGACACAUAGAGAAUUGACGAAAGCGAAGACGCAGAGGAGGUCAGAGGACUUGACUGUGCAAUCUCCCCUUUUUUGGUAUGAACUUCCUGUCUUGAAUCUAAAGCCAUGCAAUGCAUAUUAUUAUUUUAGUUUUUUUAUUAUGAUCAAUGGUUGUUGUUUUUUUUUGUUUGUUUGUUUUCAUAGCACACGGUUUUGUUGAACAAAUAUUGUUGUGGAAAAUCUGACGAAAAAAAGAAAAAAAUGAGAACAAAAUGAAAAAAAACAGGAAUAUUUUUCUAUGGAAGAUUGAAAACCUGCACUCGGGUGGGAUUGAAAUGCGUCCUGUAUGUUGUGGAAAAUACAUCUGGAGGAAGCGAAGUUCACAAAUGGAUAAACAUCAAACUAAGGCCUGCCGAGUUGGUGGUCUUCCAUUGACUUGCAAAGUGCGACGAUGUCUUACUGUUGUUUGGAUAUUGCAAUGCAAUAAGCAAUUGAAUUAUGUCAUUUGUUGUAGAAGAGCAUUUCUAAAUGGUUCUGUAAGGCUGCUAAUAGGCCUCCAUGUUCUUCCACAGUGAAACAGUAAAUUAGCCUUUUCAGUACAAAAAGCUGGGAGUUUAAAAGCAAGAGAGGGACACCCAUGGGGACAGACCCUUCAUAUUAAAGGGUCUUCUCUCAUCUCGGAGCAAGGGACAGGGUAUAUCUGAACGCAAACAAUGUGUAGUCAGCCAUAGCCUUUGCGUAUGUAGCUUAGUUCACAUUUUUGUUUGUUUGUGGCAUUGUUUGCAUUGUGUGGGAAACGUCAUGGUAAUGCCAUUACUUUGUGCUAACCGUUGUUAGCAUCCACCACUGUGCUUUGAUGGAACUUUACCUCUAUUUCUCAUUAGUUAUCAAGGCACUAAUAAGGGUGCUGUGAUUUUAUGUCAGUGUGUAUCAUGUCUUGUCAUGUGCAUAAAGCGUCUAAUACUUAUGAUGAGAAGAAUCUGCCUUGAAGGGAUAGUUUUUACCAUAAAAAUUGAAAACUUCAGUCAUUUGCUCACUCUCUGUGUCAUUACAAAGCUUUUUUAUGCUGCUAUUACACAGGAGAACUUUAUAAAAAUAAAAUAAAUCACAGUACAACAA